AUGGCGUUCAACUUCGCGCGGGCGAUCAUCGUCAAAACCGAGGCCGACCUCGAGAAGGAUUUGCACAGGACGCGGCUGCUCAAGAGGCACGCGAAGAGCCUCUCCUGCAUGGGCGCCCCCGACGAGACGGGCACCGCCACCGAGAAGGUCUACCUUUUCAAGCCCGAGGCGACGUUCCACGCUACAUUGAUGGAGUCGCAGAAGCAGGCGUUCGAGCAGCAGGGCCAGCGCGUCUUCGAGCAGGGCCUGAACGCCAUGGUGGGCGGCGACUUGUCGGCCUUCACUGCCGAGCUCGGCGGCGAGCCAGGCGCGGCGCCGAUGCAGACGUACUCCGGGCACCUCAGGUCCGAGAUGGGCGCCCCCGGCGACGACGGCGAUGGCAGGGCGUCAGCGAUCGAGGUCGGAGGUGCAGACGUGCUGGAGGGCGUCGCUGCCGCCGCAGCGACGCCACCCCCGCAGGGAGUGCCGAAUAAGUGUCCCAAGGGCGGCUGCUUAACGACGUCGCCCAGAGCGUCGGCUGCCGCUGGCGGUGCGUUCGGGGGCAAUUCCAGUAGCGGCCCGUUGGGCGACGCGGCCAGCCUGGUAGGGGGCUCGCUGGGCGAGGACGAGGACAACCUGCGCGAGGGCGAAUUGCUCGCCCACUGGAACGCCAAGAUCAGUUGA